AUGGCCGAAAAGCCCUCAAUGACAUUCAGUCUUCUGGGCUCAGCAGCACCAGUUCUUGCCCCGAGAAUAGGCCAAUUAUCUAUUCCAGGUCGCAAGGCAAUCACAACCCCUCAUCAUGUCCCGCUCACGUCGCGGGGCACAGUGCCCCAUAUCGCACACGACAUGAUGCGCGACCAUACAGCGAUUGGAAAUUUAUAUAUCGGACUGGAGGACUUCAUCGAGAGAAGCGACAAUGCAGCUGUAUACAAGACUCCCGCCGCGGCGCACGAGUCCCCGCUGAAAAAGUUCAGCUGUAUCCCCAGUGAUAUGACUGUGAUCCUUGGCCCGCGCCGCUUUCCUGCAAUUGUAUGCCCGCCUUCUAAUAAGUCGACCUCUAUUGCGCUGUCUACGUCUAUUGGAUUCCACCAACUCCACGCAAAACAAUAUGUGAACGCAGUGCACAAGCUGAGACCGGAUAUUGCUAUUGGAAUGGCAGAUUUGGUUCUUGGAAGGCAGCCUGGUAACAAGAGGCGCGAGAAGAUGGUUGAUCGCACGCAUGCCUUCACUCGUGAUGCCUUGGAGCAGCUAUACGGCAAAAGCCUCGGCGAUGAUGAGAAAUCGAGGACUGCAUUCUUUGCGCCGGUGCUACCGCUGGACAAUGCGCAACAAUCGCUUUACUUGGAAGAUUUGGAGGAUGAGUUCCGAGGGGAUAUAUCCGGCCUCGCGCUGUACGAAGCUGCCUCCUUGGAAUAUAUUCCUCCUUCUUUGGGCGGUUUGCCGCGGUUGUUGUUGAGUGAACCUGUCACUCCUCAUGACAUCCUGCGUGAGAUCUCACUGGGUGCAGAUCUGUUGACGACGCCUGUUUUGGGCGCUUCGUCUGAUGCUGGUAUUGCGCUGGACUUCAAGUUCCCGGCUCCAGUUGCGCUGGAUGGUGGGAACCAGCCCCAGCCUUUUGGAUCUGAUAUCUGGUCUGUGGAGAAUGCUUCUGAUGUCUCUCCCUUGGCUGAAGGGUGUGUUUGCUAUGCUUGUCGCAAACACCACCGGGCGUACUUCCAUCAUUUGCUGGCUGCGAAAGAGAUGACUGCCUGGGCCCUUCUUCAGGUCCAUAAUUACCACGUCUUUGAUCUGUUCUUUGCCGGUGUUCGGGAGAGUAUUCAGAAUGGUACCUUUGAACAGGAUGUUGAAGCAUUCCGUCGCUACUAUGCUCCCGAUAUGCCUGAGAGUAGUGGCCAGGGUCCUAGGUUACGUGGCUACCAACUCCCAGCUCCGGCAGCUCACGCCCCUCGUCGUGCGCCAAAGGUGUAUGGCCGCCUUGAAGAAGUCAUCGGUUCAUCUUCAGCAGUAACCCCCGACACCGACGCGAGCGGACUCGAAGAGCACGGAUUUGCCGAAAAGGUGUAA